AUGUUUGAACUUGAGCUCUCAGCAGAGGAGUGUGAGGAAAAGGCAGCAGCUGUUCUCCCUGAAACCUGCAUGCAGCAUUUGGAAAGCAGCAACUGGAAAGAGCGGAUUUCCAGUAUGGAGACCCUUCAGAAGACUGUUAGAGAGAUGAAGAAAAGCAAGAUACCCUGCCAAGCCCUGGUGGGAUUGCUGUCACAGAGAAGCAAGGACACAAAGCUCCAGGUGGUGCAAAAGAAACUUCACACCAUCACCUUGCUAGCUCUGAAGGGUAACUUCUCCAGAACAUCUGCUCAAAUUGUCCUGGAAAAUGUGGUGGAAAUGGUGGGAGAUGUGUUAUGCAGCAAUGAUGCAAAAGAGGCCCUGACAGCUAUAGCAGAAGCAUGUUCAUUGCCUUGGACUGCAAAGAGAGCUGUGUCAUUGGCUUUCUCUCAGAAUAACUACAGGACCCAGUCCAUGAUCUUGAACUGGAUGGCAAAUGCAAUUAUGGAGUUUGGCUUUGAGGGGAUGGAGGUUAAGACGCUGGUCAGUAACCUGAAGGUUGCUCUUGCUGCUGUUCACCCAGAUGUGCGGACAUCAGCCAUCGCCCUGCUGGGGGUUAUUUACCUGUACAUGGGAGACUCACUGAGAGCACUGACAGAGAAUGAAGAGCUGCCCCUUCUUCCUCAGAUAAAUGCUGAGCUGGAGAAGGUGCGUGGGCAGAUCCCAACAAUUCCCUGUCGUGACAACCCUACACCAUGCCUGGAUGACAGGACCCAGGAGGACCGAGGGUAUCACAGAAGGACUGAAGCUAUAGACAUUGGUGACAGGAUCACAUCGGAGCUGAUGUCAAAGCUGCAAGAAAAGAACUGGGAGGUGCAAAAGGAAGGCCUGGAAGAGGUUUCAGGCAUUCUCAAAGAUGCUAGAUUCAUCCAGCCAAACAUAGGAGACCUUCCAAGAGCCCUGAGGGCUUGUCUCUGUGACUCCAACCCCACCCUGGUACAGCUGGCCCUGGGGGUCCUCCAGCAAUUGUCCAUAGCCAUAGGUUCCAACAUCAAACAGCACAUGAAAGACUUGGGCUUUCCCCUCAUUGCUCUAUUUAGAGACAGCAAGAGCAGCAUGAGAGCUGCUGCCCUGGCUGCUGUGAACACCUGGGCUGCACAGACCAACAUACUGGAGUGGCUGGACAGGGAGGACAUUUCAGAGGAUCUAGGGAAGGAAAUGCCUUUCCAGAAGCAAGAGCUGGUGCAAAGGCUGGCUGAACAGCUGCCCACCCUCAAGUCAGCUCCCUCAGACCUGCUUCAGUGUGUGCCUCACCUCUACUCCUGCUUGCAGGACAGCAAUGAGUACGUGCAGACAGCCUCUCAGGCAGCCUUGCCUUUCUUCAUAAUGCACCUCGGUUUUGAGAAGAUGGUCGAUGUCACGAGCCAGCUGAAGGCAGUUGCAAAGGACCAUAUACUUGCAAAACUGCAGAAUGCCAAUACCAGCCCAUCAACUAAACCCCCUGCUCCUGCUCCUGUUAAAUCACUUUCCAGACAACCUGGAGUCACCACUGGGGCCACCUCCACCUCUGUCCUAACCAAACCACCUGCAGGACCAGCCUUCUCUUCACAAACACCAGCUGAAGAGCCAGUACCCAAAAGCAGUGGAGAGGACAACCAGGGUCCAAAAGAGCCCAAGUCAGGAGGAGCAGUCCUGAAAGACAUGGGUGCAGCCGAGGGGAAAGCACAAAUGAAGUCCACUCUGACGGAUGGUGACAGUAAACUGGGACCCAUCUUCAUCAUUGUCCCCAGGGGGAAAGAGCAGAGAAUGAGGGAUGAGAAAGGCAGCAAAAUGCUGAAGUGGAACUUCAUUGCUCCUAGCAACAGGUAUGUCGAGCAGCUGAAAGCUCAGAUGAGUAACUGUGUGUCCAAUAACCUUCAGGUAGAAAUGUUUCACUCCAGCUUCCCUCACCACAUCAAAGCCUUGUCCAUCAUGGCCAGACAUUUAGAAGAGGAGAAGGAAGGAGUCAUCAGGUGCUUGGAUCUGAUCCUGAAAUGGCUCACCCUGCGUUUCUUUGACACCAACACAUGGGUGCUUAUCAAGAGCCUAGAGUACCUCGAUUUGCUGCUAACCUUGCUGAGCCAAGAAAAGUAUCAGCUGAUGGAGAAUGAGGCCUCUUACUUGUUCCCAUAUCUGAUCAUGAAGAUGGGGGAGUCAAAGGAAGCUGUGCUCAAAUUGGUGCACGCUGUCCUGAAAAGGAUAUGCCUGGUCUACCCAGCCAGCAAGGUAUUUGUCUUCCUCAUGGAAGGGGUCAAGUCCAAGAAUGCUAAGCAGCAGGUAGGAUGCCUGGAGGAGGUGGGUUAUCUCCUUGAAGUAUAUGGCCUAGAUAUAUGUGAGCCUAGCCCUGGCAAAGCCUUAAAGAGGAUAGCUGCCUUCCUGAGAGAUGACAACAGAUCUGUUUGCAGUGCUGCCUUAAACAUUAUGGUCAUAGUUUGCAAAACUCAUGGGGAAGCCAUGUUCAAAAUGGUUGGGAAUCUUCCCAAAAAACACAUGAAGAUGCUGGGACAAAUUGCAGAACGGAUACCCACUAAUCCAGCAGUCUCUCCAGCACAGCAUCUCUGUGAAAAACCUCAGCAGGCUUCAACCACAAGAUCUGAAAUCACCUAUCAGCAGGCAGGAGAUGCACCCUCAAAGCUUGAACCGACCUGCUCUCAAGGAGGAAAUGUGGAUACUGUGGACGUGGCUCCCCAGACACUGCCACCAGAUGUACACGAGCAUGAGAGCAGGCCGGUCACCAAAAAAUCCAACAGCUUUAAACUGAAGGAUAUUGUUCAUCUAGACACCAUCCCCGAAUUUCAGACCCUGCCCAUCUCCCCAGACACUGAUAACACAUGUCAUAACAUCACCUUAACCAUAAAUUCCCUUAUUUGUCACAUCAGCAGUGGUGACACUGACACCAGCAUCCAGGCAAUGGUAAAAAUUGAGGAGAUCCUGAGACAGAAUGACAAAGUAGAGACCAUGUCUGGACACAUUAACCAGUUCCUUGAAGUGACCUUCCAGCAACUCAAGUUUAUCCACCAGCAAAAGGAAGCAGAGGAGAAAAUGGAGAAGGACCAAGUCAUUUUGCUGUGUAGCUGCAUCAUCCAGGCCAUGAUGUCUCUCUUCCAGGAGGAGAGACUGGCCCAGGAGGCCUCCAUGGAGGUGCUUAAAGAUGUAAUCCACAAUCUCAUUACCUUAAUGCUACACUCCCUAGUGGGGGAUCUGGAGGAAGAUCAGAAGCUCAUCCAGUCCAUUAAUCUCCUCUUGAAGAGGAUUUUGGAAAAAUCUGACCAGACACAGAUCUUUCGUGCCUUGCUCAAGCUGCUCCAAGACAACCUGACAACCAAGGGCAGCCCAGACAAGUUCUCUGACCUACUGGCCAAGUGCCUGUGGAGGACCACACGACUUGUCCCAGGCACCAUCAGCACCAUCAACCUGGACGAAAUCCUGCUGGAUGUCCACGUACUCAUGAAGGCUCUCCCAGAUGAGAAAAUAAGGGAGUGCACAAACAAACUCCCACUGCGGGCUCUGAAAACUCUGCUGCACACCUUGUGCAAGCUGAAAGGUGUGGGGAUCCUGGACCACCUCACUCUGAUUGAGGACGCAGCCGAGUCUGAAGUAGAAGCCUACCUCAGAAAGGCAAUCAGACCUAUUGCCAAGCGGGUGGCAAAUGAAACGACUGUAGGGACAGAGAAGGAAGCCCCCCAGAGAACUUCAGGGGUUAAAAAGGACAAAGCAGGUGAUGUCUUGGAGGGCAUCUUCCAGAAGAUUUGCUCCAAGGAAAGCUCAAGGGAAGGCCUAGAGGAGUUGUAUAAAUAUAAGAAAAAAUGCCCCAAGGCAAAGUUGGAGCCUUUCCUAGGAAAACUCUCCCUCUUCUUUCAGACCUAUGUGAUGCAAGGCCUGGCCAUCAUCCAGACAGAGCAGGACACCAGAGAGCGUAUUUCUCCUCUUCACUCAGGGAUAUCCCCUCAUGUGGAAGGAUCUUCCUUUAGAGCAACAGUAACCCUGGGAGAGACCACAAAUGAGGAGAAGGUGUGUUAUGGAAGUUAG